CCGCCCCGCCGCGGCGCCCCCGACACGCACCCGCCGCCUCCUCCCGGCCGCCCGCCGCCUCCUCCCGCCCGCGCGAACAUGGCGGCGCUCAGGCUGCUCGGCUCCCUCCGCCCGCUGUGCGGCCCGGCCCGCGGCGCGCAGGGCGUCUGGGCCCAGGGCUGUGCUGGUUGCUUUUCAACCAGCACGCACCGCCAUGCCAAACUGUACAAGGAUCCAGUAGAAGCUGUCAAGGACAUCCCUGACGGGGCUACACUACUGAUUGGGGGCUUUGGGUUGUGCGGGAUUCCAGAGAACCUCAUAGGGGCCUUGCUGAAGACCGGGGUGAGGGAUCUCACUGCCAUCAGCAACAAUGCCGGGGUGGAUAACUUUGGAUUAGGCCUUUUACUUCACAGUAGGCAGAUAAAACGUAUGAUCUCUUCCUACGUGGGAGAGAAUCCAGAAUUUGAACGACAGUAUUUAGCUGGUGAAUUAGAAGUAGAGUUGACACCUCAGGGAACGUUGGCAGAGAGGAUCCGUGCAGGGGGAGCUGGAGUUCCUGCCUUUUACACCAGCACAGGGUACGGGACUUUGGUGCAAGAAGGAGGGUCACCGAUCAAAUAUAACAAGGAUGGCACCAUUGACAUUGCCAGCAAGCCCAGAGAGGUGCGAGAGUUCAACGGGGAGAACUUCAUUCUGGAGGAGGCGAUUACAGCGGACUUCGCCUUGGUGAAAGCCUGGAAGGCAGACCGAGAAGGAAACGUGAUAUUCAGGAAAAGUGCAAGGAACUUCAACUCUCCCAUGUGCAAGGCUGCAGAUGUCACAGUGGUGGAGGUUGAAGAAAUUGUGGAUACUGGAUCCUUUUCCCCAGAUGAAAUCCAUAUUCCUAGUAUUUAUGUCCAUCGUCUUAUAAAAGGACCAUCAUAUGAGAAAAGAAUUGAGCGCAUAUCAACCCGAGAAGAAAAAGCAGCACCACCCAGUUCUGGUAAAUCCCAUGAUGAAGUAAGGGAGCGUAUCAUCAAGAGGGCAGCUCUGGAGUUCCAGGACGGCAUGUAUGCAAACUUGGGCAUAGGAAUUCCACUGCUGGCCAGUAACUAUAUCAGCCGCGAAAUCACAGUUCAUCUGCAAAGUGAAAAUGGAAUCCUGGGUCUGGGCCCGUAUCCUUUACGAAAUGAAGUCGACGCAGACCUUAUCAAUGCAGGCAAGGAAACAGUUACUGUUCUUCCAGGAGCCUCUUAUUUCUCCAGCGAUGAAUCAUUCGCGAUGAUUAGAGGGGGACAUGUUGAUCUAACCAUGCUAGGAGCAAUGCAGGUCUCCAAAUUUGGCGACCUGGCUAACUGGAUGAUACCUGGGAAGAUGGUGAAAGGCAUGGGAGGUGCUAUGGACCUGGUAUCCAGUCCCAAAACCAGAGUGGUGGUCACCAUGGAACAUUCUGCCAAGGGAAAUAAACACAAGAUCCUGGAAAAAUGUACAUUGCCACUGACGGGAAAGGGUUGUGUCAACCGCAUCAUUACUGAAAAGGCUGUGUUUGACGUGGACAAAAAGGAAGGGCUGAUUCUGGUUGAACUCUGGGAAGGCCUGACAGUGGAUGACAUCAAAAAGAGCACUGGCUGUGACUUCAUCGUCUCACCAAAACUCAUGCCAAUGCAGCAGAUCACAAAUUGAAAUGUGGAAUAAACACCUGUUCCUGAUCAUU